AUGAUUUUCACCAAGACCUGGCUGGAUAGCACUGUCCCAGAUGCGGCUAUUGAGCUGACAGGCUUCACCGCGCACCGAGCUGAUAGGACGGCAGACUCGGACGCUAAUGCUAAGCUAACGCUAACACAGCUACAUGAUAAAGACAGUGUCUUUAUAGCAGUGGGAGAUUUCAAUCAUGCUGACUUGAAGACGGUCCUUCACAAAUUCCAUCGCAAUGUGAAAUGCGCAACCAGGGAAGAUAAGACUCUGGACCAGGUAUACACGAAUGUAGCAGAUGCAUACAAGGCACAGGCUUAUCCCUACCUUGGCCUGUCUGACCAUUUAUCACUACUGCUACAUCCAAGCUGCACUAAGGAGGAACAGCAGGCACUGCAUCGGGUGGUGAAAGCAGCGGGGAAAAUCAUCGGGACAAGUCUCCUGGAGAUUAGCACCAUCUACACCACGCGAUGCCUUCGUCGAGUGCACAACAUCUUGCGUGAUCAGCAUCACCCUGCACAUCACCUGUUCCAGCUACUGCCCUCGGGUAGAAGAGUCAGUGUGUGUAUGAUGUUGGUGAGCGUGGGUCAGACUGCUCAGGUCGGACUGAUCCAUUCUCCCGGUUAUCCACACGGUUACGGCCCCAAAGAGUCUGUAACAUGGAUACACUGUGCUCCAUCUGGUCAUGUCCUCAUUCUCAUGCUGCUGCACCUGGACCUGGAGGAAAGUUUCAACUGUGAGAAUGAUUUUCUGAAGGUAGAUGACAGGAAUGGCUCUCAGUUGGUGAAGUUGUGCGGCAGAAAGACAUUGGAGGAGCUGCAGUCUGUCAAUCACACGUUCCGCUCAUCCACCGGUAGCUGCCUCUCCAUCACCUUCCAGUCUGAUAACUCCACCACAGAGACUCACACAGGCUUCAAACUGUUUUACACAGCACAGGAUGUUGACGAAUGUGUGGAGAACACUGUGAAGUGUUCACAUUUCUGUCUUAAUUACAAAGGAGGAUACAGCUGCAGCUGCAAACCAGGAUACUACCUUGGUGAAGACCAACAUGAAUGUCACGUUGAUUGCACAGAGCAACAUCAUGGCAUGGGACUUCUAACAUCUGCUGGAACUCCCGGGCCAUACUUCGAGAACACCAGAUGCUCAUUCCGUCUCUCUGUGGACAAAGGUUUUCAACUAAGGCUAAGAUUCAUCGUAUUUGACGUGGAAAGCAGGGAUGGAAAAUGCGUGGACUUUGUAAAAGUUAAGACGCCCACUAAGACAUUCGGGCCAUUUUGUGGCAAAGACAAACCUGCCAACAUCCUGACCAAUUCCCGGCAUGCUGAAGUCAUCUUCCACUCGAACCUGGAGGGAACGAAUCAGGGCUUCAUUCUCGAGUACAAACCUAAAGGUACAGAAUGUCCUACACAAGUGACGGCCAACUCCAUUAUGCUUCCCAAGAAAGAUUGGUAUAGUGUGGGCGAGUCGGUUAGUGUGAGCUGUGUGACCGGAUAUGCUUUAUCUGAUGGCACUGAUACAUUUGUGUCCAGAUGUCAAUUAAACGGGGAGUGGAGUCCCAAAUCCAGCUGUCAAUUGGUGAAUUGCGGAAUUCCUGAACUUCCAGACCUGAUGGAGCUGACAGAAGAAGACCCAGAGACUACAUACAAGCACAACAUCAGUAUAAAGUGUCGAGAGUUCUACAAACUGGAAGGAAAAGCCAACUUCACCUGUGAAGCUACUGGAGAAUGGGUGGCUGACAAUGGAGAGGUUCUUGCAGAAUCAUCAUCGCAGUGUGUCCCAGAGUGUGGCAUAACUAGAAGCUUUAUUUACGGGUUGGGUUUUCAUGGACAAAAAGCCAAACUGGGGCAAAUUCCCUGGCAUCUCCUGGUCAAACAAGCUCGAUUGGGAGCCGCGUCUCUAAUUAAUGACCAAUGGGCUGUCACGGCUGCUCACGUUGUGCAAAAUCAGACAUCGCUGACUUUCAUAGGAGGGAUGAUCGACAUUGAAGAUGAAAACAUGGUCGAAAUGGAAACAGAGAAGAUCAUAAUUCACCCUAAUUAUACAAUAGGAACCUAUGAUAAUGACAUUGCCUUGGUGAAGAUGUCUUCCCGGGUUCCUCUCAGUAGUUACCUCUUGCCAGUGUGCCUUCCAGAGGAAAAAACUAAUGGACCAGUAUUGGAGAAUAUGAAGGGUACAGUCUCGGGGUUUGGUGUGACAGGAAAAUGGGACAUUCAAUUUCUGUACCAUUGUCUCGUGAUGGAAUAUCCAGGUGUCUGCUUUGACACAAACCUGACGGUCACUGAGAACAUGUUCUGUGCUGGUAAAACAGCAAAAGACAGGUACAGCUGUACAAGAGAUGGCGGGGGUCCGCUCUUCAUUCCCAUGUUGUUUUACCAAAUCCCUUACCGCCUCAUGGGGAUUGUGUCGUGGGGUCCUCCAGAACAUGGGAAUGAUGACCAUGAUAAAGGUUAUUAUACCAAAGUGGAGAAUUACCUGAACUGGAUUAUGGACACGAUGAAAAACAAUUAG